UGUAAAGUUAUAAUGCAUGAAACAAUACCAGAAGCAGUUUUAUGAAACAGACGUUCUCUUUAAAAAGCUGUUCCUAUAUUUAACUUUUACUGUGUAAACCAGAACACAUUCACAAGAGAGCAAAUUCCCAUUCAUAUCUACCUGGGCAACUUCCUUUAUUCAUUCACGUUUUGUGAAUUGAUGACCAUAAAAGAAUGACAUCCAGAGCGUUUGCAUGGCGCCACCUGGUGGCCGCAGCAGUGUACAACACUGUCGUUGAUUUCAAAUAAAAAACACGCUUGGGCAAAAAGUACUUUUUGUACAAAGUACUUCCGGUGGGGUCACCGACGAGCUUUUAUGAGCUAUUUCCCUCCCCGUGUAUACGAACGGCUGUUUUAGUAACAUGUGAGCCUAUUUCUCGCUGUAGCCACGUUUAUUCUGUAAAUAAUUAUCGCUAAGGCCGCUUAAGUUAACCGCUCGCGCUGAAACGACUGCACAACGCGGUGGGACACGAGCGGCGAAAGGAGGAAGCAAUAGCCUACCAUCUUUCUUCUCCUGCCAGCAAUAACAAGAAAGAGACAAGGCUAGAUCCAAGUGGAUCUGUGUGGUUCACACUUUAUCUGUUUUGUACCGGAUAAACGCCAGGGGGAACCUGUCCGCGUUCUGAUAGACACCGUUAAAAGCUCCCGGACACUGAGCUCAUCUUUCGGCGAGCCUGGAAGUUUCGGAUCUAAAGACUGGCUGUUAAGAAUUAGUAUUCCCGUUUUUUCAUGUUUCCAACAGGUCUAUCUUCCCCUAACCCCCCACCACCGCCAACCCAGGAGGCUAGACCCGCGGCUACUGAUGUCAAACCCGACAGCGGUAACAUCACAUCUCCGAAGAAGAGGAAAAUAAACGGUUCAGAGAGGGAAGACAUCGCUGACACGAUCUCGUCUUCGCCUCCCAAGACCCUGCAUUCCUUUUCUUCUUCCGCCUCCUCAUCUUCCUCCUCGUCUCCCACUGCACUGCACAUCCAGAAGAAGUUGAGGUUUGAGGAUCUGGUGGACUUCAUUGGACUGGAUGUGAAAAUGGCCGAGGAGGCUGCCGCCGCCGCUUCGUGCUCCAAUAACAAAAGCAAAGCCGGGUUCCUGGCCGGUGGCGCGGGGCACCACGCGAACGGGCUGACGAAGCCCGCGGGCUCCGGCAUCUUCUCCAACAGUAAACCCGGCGCGGCCAAGAAACUAGUCAUCAAGAACUUCAAAGAAAAGCCCAAACUGCCUGAGAACUACACACAGGAGACAUGGCAGAAGCUGAAGGAGGCGGUGGAGGCCAUACAGAACAGCACUUCAAUCAAGUACAAUCUAGAGGAGCUCUAUCAGGCUGUCGAGAACUUGUGCUCCCAUAAGAUAUCUGCCAAGCUUUACAAACAGCUAAGGGCCACGUGUGAAGACCACAUCAAGGCACAAAUUAUUCAAUUCAGAGAGGAUGCCCUGGACAGCGUGCUUUUCCUAAGGAAAAUUGACACGUGCUGGCAAGAUCACUGCAGACAAAUGAUCAUGGUUCGGAGUAUAUUUUUGUUUUUGGACCGCACCUAUGUUUUACAAAAUUCAAUGCUGCCAUCAAUCUGGGACAUGGGUCUGGAGCUGUUCAGGUUCUACAUCAUCAGUGACCUUAAGGUCCAGAGUAAAACCAUCGACGGGAUUCUGCUGCUCAUAGAGAGGGAGCGAAACGGAGAGGCGAUAGACCGCAGUCUGCUGAGGAGCCUGCUGAGCAUGCUCUCUGAUCUGCAGAUUUAUCAGGACUCCUUUGAGCAACGCUUUUUGGAGGAAACCAAUCGUCUGUAUGCUGCAGAGGGACAGAGGCUGAUGCAGGAGAGAGAGGUACCAGAAUAUCUCCAUCAUGUCAGCAAGCGAUUAGAGGAGGAGGCCGACAGAGUCAUCACAUAUUUAGACCAGAGCACACAAAAACCGCUCAUUGCUACGGUGGAGAAGCAGCUGCUGGGUGAACAUCUCACAGCCACUCUGCAAAAAGGGCUGACUCACCUGCUGGACGAGAACAGAAUUCAGGAUCUGUCUCUUCUCUAUCAGCUCUUUAGUCGAGUGCGAGGCGGCGUUCAGGUUCUCCUACAGCACUGGAUAGAGUACAUAAAGGCUUUUGGAAGCACAAUCGUAAUCAAUCCAGAGAAAGACAAAACGAUGGUGCAAGAGUUGCUGGACUUCAAGGACAAGGUGGAUCACGUCAUCGACGCCUGCUUCAUGAAGAACGAGAAGUUUGUCAACGCCAUGAAGGAGGCUUUCGAAACGUUCAUCAACAAACGGCCAAAUAAACCCGCAGAGCUCAUAGCAAAGCAUGUGGAUUCAAAGCUACGGGCAGGAAACAAAGAAGCAACAGAUGAAGAACUGGAGAAGAUGCUGGAUAAGAUCAUGAUAAUCUUUAGAUUCAUCUACGGAAAAGAUGUUUUUGAGGCCUUUUACAAAAAGGAUCUGUCCAAGAGGUUGCUGGUUGGAAAGAGCGCCUCUGUGGAUGCUGAAAAAUCGAUGUUGUCAAAGCUGAAACAUGAAUGUGGAGCAGCGUUCACCAGCAAGCUGGAGGGGAUGUUCAAGGAUAUGGAGCUUUCUAAAGACAUCAUGGUGCAGUUCAAACAGCAUAUGCAGUGCCAAAACCUUCCUGGUAACAUCGAGCUGACGGUGAACAUCCUGACGAUGGGCUACUGGCCAACCUACGUCCCGAUGGAAGUGCACAUGCCUCCUGAGAUAGUGCGACUGCAGGAGAUCUUCAAGACCUUCUACCUGGGCAAACACAGCGGCAGGAAGCUGCAGUGGCAAUCGACACUGGGCCUUUGUGUCUUAAAAGCGGAAUAUAAAGAGGGCAAGAAGGAGCUGCAGGUGUCACUCUUCCAAACACUUGUGCUGCUGAUGUUUAACGAAGGGGAGGAGUUCACCCUGGAGGAGAUCAAACUGGCAACAGGAAUAGAAGACAGUGAACUGCGCCGGACUCUGCAGUCACUAGCUUGUGGAAAAGCACGCGUCCUCACCAAAAUCCCAAAAAGCAAAGAUGUGGAGGACGGGGACAAGUUUUCUUGCAAUGACGACUUCAAACACAAGCUCUUCAGGAUAAAAAUCAACCAGAUCCAGAUGAAGGAGACGGUGGAGGAGCAAGUCAGUACCACAGAAAGGGUCUUUCAGGAUCGUCAGUAUCAGAUUGAUGCUGCCAUCGUGCGGAUCAUGAAGAUGAGGAAGACUCUGAGCCAUAAUCUCUUGAUGUCUGAAGUGUACAACCAGCUCAAGUUCCCUGUCAAGCCUGCUGACUUGAAGAAGAGGAUAGAGUCUCUUAUUGACCGGGACUAUAUGGAGCGUGACAAGGAGAACCCCAACCAGUACAACUACAUGGCUUAGAGAAAGAAAAAGUGACUUUAAAAAAAGAGAUGCAGAUGGCCCAUUCAGGCUGUGGUGAUCGGUCUCUAAAUAUUUUGCUCCAAUGGAUGUUAACCAUUAUCAUCUUCCACCCAGCGACCGACAAGUGAAUGGAUACUGCUCCACAGGAUUUUUGUCAGGGGUCUUGUGAUCCUGUGGACUGCAUGCCCAUCAAAAAAAGAAUAUUGUCCAUAUUUCUCGGUACCUCUGAGAGAGUCGGGCUGCCCUGGACACACAAAGAAGACACAAAGAUGAUGUUGUUCCGUUUGUGCUGAUUUCUUUUUUUUUAUGGAGAGGAAAAAUAUUUAUUUUCAAACUUCAAUUCUUCUUUGUCCAAAGUUAAAUCAACAUGCUCUUUGUUAUCAAGUCACUUUUUUGGCAUUUUGUUGCUGACACACUUAACAAAGCUCUAAAUGGAAAGAGAAAGUGGAUCAGCAAAUUUAACUGAUGCUCAUUUCGGUGUGAAGUCUGGGACUGUUGGACUAGCAUUCAUAGUGGGGAAUUAACAAUUUGGGGAGGGUUGGUGUCAAAUGUGUGAACCCGCAGCAAAGUUUUACCAUUUUUAAGGCCUGAUGAAGCUGUGAUCAUGAACAUGCAAAGCAUUCAAAGCAGAGUUUAUACAAAAAAAAAAAAAAAGGAACACUUAUUUUCUUAGGGUGAACUCAAGCUGAUAAGACAGUUCAGUUGGACAAGAAUAUGCAUUUAAGUUUCUCAUUUGUUUCCGUCGUAAGUUUUUUGUACAUACUUCACAAAAGUGACAUUUUAAAUGAUCUCAUCUGACAGUCAACUGCUUUUUAGGUUUUUUGUUAACCCUUAGAAAGUAUAUACUAAAAGCACAAUGACAUCAGAGGCCCCGUCUUCCCUGGUGUCAUGCCACAUACACACUAUUUUUUUUUUUAUGUCUCCCUGUGGGGCUUGCAGUUCUUGAUCAAACGUGGGGGUGAUAAGAGUGGACAUGAGGGAAAAUAUGACUGAUUAGAGAUGCCAUUGUUUGUAUGAGUCUGUUAGAUUUGUUGCUUCAGAUUAAAACAACUGUUUCAA